AUGGAUACACCAACACAGCUCCUCCUGAUCCUUCUCCUCCUUCACCUCGUACACUGCCUCGCGUUCCCCCUCGAUCCCCUGCCAUGGCUCCGUCCGGCGCACCUUCAGCAGUCACGAUGUACUGCAAAGCGGCUAUGGCCGCACACAACCCUCUCCACAAGCGCGGGAGGGAAGAAUGAAGGACCUGUCGGCAAUCCUUGCAACCGGAUCUGCCGGUACAACCCCAACUUCUUUGAUGGACAAGUCUGCAUCGGCUGCUUCCGAGAUGCGUUCGAGAUCAGAUCAUGGAAGACGCUAUCUGCGUCAGAGAGAAGCUGGGUGCUGCAAGACGCGAAAGAGAGGGAGGAGGAGUGGAAGUCUCUAGAGGCCAAGGAAGGAUCGAAGGCUUCGGAGCAGCAGGCUUGA